AAACUUAAAGCUAUUAAUAUUUGGUAAUUGCCUCAAAGUACAACCAUUUUAGGUUCUGUGCAAAUUGUCAACACUGAAAAGCAGGUUAAAUUUAAAACACGCUUUUUAAAAUGAUUCCUAUGGGAAAGGUUUUUUUUUUUGACUCAAAUGGAUAAACUGAUAUUCCUGCAUCAUAUCCUAUUAAAAUUCAUUUCAUUUUAAAGUACUUGUAUUGGGGUGAAAAGAAAAUCAUGGAAUAAACUUUAAGGAUAGUAAGGGACAAAGCAGCUUAUAUUCAUAUAAUACACCAGACCAGCUGCUGCUCACCUCUGCGCGUCACACCACUGACAUGCUGCUGCUUUUAUUAAAGUCUGUAUCAUUUGAGUGAAUUGAUUCAUUUCAGUGAGUCAGUUUCGAAAGACGAUUCACCGGUUUGACUCUUCAUUAGUGUCUUUGCGUAUUUUUGUAGUAGGCUAAAAUAAAUAUUGCGUAUUUUUGUUGUCAAAAUAAAUAAUAUAUACUUAUGACUAUUAAAUCACACAAUAUUGCUUUACAUGUUUUGUUAGUUUUAUUAUGAAUCCCACACAUACCAUUUCUCUUUGCAAACCAGACACGAGCGCUUCACGAAUCGGUUCGACCGAGUCAUUAAAAAGGACCAGUGCGAAUCGGAUAUCAGUAACAUAGAAGAGCUGAGAGUUUAAGCCUAUUCAAACUCGGAUUUACAUCAACUGAGGCGAAGACCUCUGUGCACACUUUAUACAAUCGCUUUGAAACUUUGGAAGUCCCGUCAGCAAAAUGACACUCAUGUAGCGUUUACUCCAUUUGGAAACGGUGUUCCAGGGAAUUGUCGGCCAUAUUCAGCAAUACCACGCCCGGAGAGGAUACUUUAACACGGGAACACUAUUCAUGCAAAUAUUCCCAUCACAAGUUCCUGGACAAGAGACUUGACUUUCUCACGAAAGACAACAUCAGUGUCGAUGAGGAGAAUGUGAAUACUGAACGCGAGUCUUCUGUGCAGUUAUUAAGCCUGAUAAAUGAUUGUCUGAGUAAUAUCUCAAACAGAUCAACCACAUCACUGGGACAUUUUGAACUGAAACAUUAAGGAUGCUCCACAGCUACAAAAACAUUUCAUGAAUGACAAACGCUUUCUCCCUCUAGCUGCGAGGAAACUAUUUCUAUGGCAUUUUCUGAGCGAUUAGCUGAGAUCCGAGACUGAUUUUACUUAAAUUUUACUUAUAUAGUUAAUCUUCCCGAUGGUCAUGACACUGGACUCGAUGUUGGCGUGCUGCAUGAGCGAGGAGGCGAAAGAAGCGCGGCGGAUCAAUGAUGAGAUCGAGCGCAAGCUCCGCCGUGACAAGAAAGACGCGCGGCGCGAACUCAAGCUACUACUAUUAGGGACUGGUGAGAGUGGGAAAAGUACCUUUAUUAAACAGAUGAGAAUCAUCCAUGGCUCAGGGUAUUCAGAGGAGGACAGAAGAGGCUUUACCAAGCUGGUCUAUCAAAACAUCUUCACAUCUUUGCAGGCCAUGAUACAAGCUAUGGAAACUCUACAUAUUCCCUACAAAUAUGAAUUUAAUAAGGCCAAUGCAAACAUUGUCAAUGAAGUGGAUGUAGAGAAGGUUUACAUGCUUGUCAACCCCUAUGUAGAUGCUAUCUGGAGUUUAUGGAAUGACCCAGGAAUUCAGGAGUGUUAUGACCGGAGGAGAGAGUACCAGCUCUCAGAUUCUACAAAAUACUAUCUAACUUCACUGGAUCGCAUUGCUGAUCGUGCCUAUGUUCCUACCCUGCAAGACGUUCUCAGGGUCAGAGUGCCAACAACAGGCAUUAUUGAAUAUCCCUUUGACCUACAGAGUGUCAUUUUCAGGAUGGUGGAUGUAGGUGGCCAGCGGUCAGAAAGGCGAAAGUGGAUUCACUGCUUUGAAAAUGUCACCUCGAUCAUGUUCCUGGCAGCACUCAGUGAAUAUGACCAAGUUCUAAUAGAGUCUGACAAUGUGAAUCGAAUGGAGGAAAGCAAAGCAUUGUUUAGGACGAUAAUAACAUACCCAUGGUUCCAGAAUUCAUCAGUUAUCCUUUUUUUGAACAAGAAAGACCUUUUAGAGGAGAUAAUAAUGUUUUCACACCUUGUAGAUUACUUUCCUGAAUUUGAUGGAGCCCAGAGAGACCCUCAAGCUGCAAGAGAAUUCAUCCUGAAGAUGUUUGUCGACCUGAAUCCAGACAUGGAAAAAAUUAUUUAUUCUCACUUUACUUGUGCUACUGACACAGAAAACAUCAGGUUUGUUUUUGCAGCUGUCAAAGACACCAUCUUGCAGCACACAUUAAAGGAAUACAAUCUAGUCUGAAAACAGACCUUUACACUUUUGCUUUUGUCUUGCACAGUUAAAGAGCUUAUCAGAUAGCUUGAGUCUGAUUAAUAAAAACUCUGAUUUAAUUGUACGCUGGUCUGAAGUUGGACACAUACGUUAUUUCUCUAUGAAUUGUAUAGAAACACAUGCUGCUUAUAACUCAAAACUAUUUAUUUGCACAUUUGUUAAACUUAAUUGUUUAUUCAUUUAAAUUUAAAUUGUUAUUUCACAGCAUUUGUAAACAUUGUACCUUUCAGGGCUUUUAUUCUGUAGCAGGUUUUUUUUUGGUUUACAGAUCAUGUUUACAUUUUUAUGGUUACAGUAGUGCUUCAUCUUGGGUAUCUGUUUAAUUAUUAUCAGCAGCAGCUUUAGAAAGAAGUAAGAAAUCAAGCUUCGGAACUUGUAUGGUAUUUAAAUGUGGUAUUCUUUUAAAGGCAGAGAAAACUGUAGAUAGGGGGCUUUUCUGCCCUGCAAAGCGCUUGCAUUUGUUAGAAGUAUAGAAAAUAGUUGUUGACAGUUAGAUUAAGUCUAGAAGUGCCAAAGCUUGUAUUACUAAACUAAUAAUCAUGUCACAUGCAAUAUCCAUGCCCUGUUUGUUUAAAAAAUAAUAGUAUGUUCUGUUUGUAUUUUCCUCUUUUUUUGCAUUUUGAAAGAAUUGUAGUUUAUUUAUGUAGGUACUCUAUCUCAGUGGUUUUCAAACUGGGGGCCACGAGAUGGUGCCAGGGGGGCCCCAGUUUUAUGACAUUUUAUGAAAUACAUUAAUUUAUCAUGAAUUCUGUGUAAUUAAAUCUAAAAAAUAAGGCUACUAACCAAAAGCACUACUUUUUUGUAUAAUUUAAUGUUUUUUUUUUAAAUUACCAUGUUGUAGAACAGUUUUUGUCACAAAUUUUCUUUGGAGGGCCACGAAGGAAUGCACCGUACACACGCUGAAAAAGUUUCGGAACCACUGCUCUAUCUGAUAUGCCAAGGGGGAGAUCUUUUGUAUGGUUUUAUUUGUUUGUAAAUUACCCAACCAAUGUCUUCAUUUAACUAAUGAUGCUUUCUGGUAUUGUAAAAGUGUGGUCAGGUGGUGUAACCAAGAUUUGGUCAAUAUGCAAGUUAUUUUCAAAGAAACUGCCUCUUUGUGAAUUUUAAAGCCAUGGCAACGAGUAAAGGACCAAAUUACUUUUGUGAUCCUCAAAAACAUUUUUGAUGUGAAGUUGUAUAUGGACAUCUCUGAAUUAGGAUCCUUUUUUGCUUUUAAACAUUUUUGCAAUAAAAGGCUGCUUUUUAGAAAGAU